GAUCUAUUAUCCGUUAAGUAUAUAUAUAAUAGAUGGUUUGGGAGUAAGAUAUAGGCACACAUUACACUGUGGUAUCUUGACCUGCAAUCUUCCUUAUAGUGCAGCUAGCUUUUUCGCAGCGGGACCUGGAGAUCAAAAUGGCGUCAACCAUGAGUGAAGAGUUAUCCUACUUUGUACCUUACGCUUCAGCUGUGAUGCUGAAAAUGAUUGUUCUAUCUCCAAUGACAUCAUAUUACCGUAUAACACGAAAGGUGUUUGCUAACGAAGAGGACAUGGCAGGACUCAAAGACAAGAAACCAAUUUUUGACCACCCUAUCGUAGAACGAAUAAGAAGGUGUCAUCUAAACGAUUUGGAGAACAUUGUCCCAUUCUUUGGUCUCGGUCUCCUCUACGCUAUGUCUUCUGGUGCCCCCCUGACUAGGAUCGUGUGGCAUUACCGUAUCUUUGUCAUCUCCCGUUUUCUUCAUAGCUUCGCCUAUCUGUUUGCCGUACCCCAGCCGACCCGCGCCUUUUCUUUCGCGGCCGGCCUUGCCGUCAACAUUUCAAUGGGCGUGCAGAUUCUGAUGAACAACUGGAAUUUCUGAUGAAACAGAAAGCAACUCAAUCACUUUGAAUGUUCGGGUUGACAUGGAUAUAUUAUAUUGAAAAUUUCGAGGAAUGUAGAGUGGUAGAUCACAGGUAUACAGAUAGAAACAUAAAUAUGGACGAAUGGAUAGAUCCAUAUCACAUUUCAGAUUUAAGACAAUACAGAUGGGCACUUAAUAGUGACUAGCAGAUCAUAAUUAUCAUUAUUGCUUUUUAUUUGAAGCCCUGGAAAUAAAUAUUUUUAUCCUUGGAGUUAAGAAUAUAACAUGGAUUCAAGUAAACAAACA